AUGAAAAAUCAUGAAGCUCGCCCCACUGGAUCUGUUCCACUUCCUGAAGUGAAUAUUGUAGCAGCACAUGUUCAACCUGAAAUAAGGCAAAAUUAUUAUCGCAAUCGUGAUCGAGGCCAUGGUCGUGGACGUGGGCGAGGGCGUGGUAGAGGACGAAAAAAUUAUCGUCAUAAUGGCGGAAAUAAACAAGAGAAUAAUAAAGGUUCUCAAAAUAAUUCUUCAAAGGGUAAAGUUAAUAUUUGUCACCGAUGUGGUAUGAAAGGUCAUUGGGCACGUGUUUGUCGUACGCCUGAUCAUUUUGUCAAACUUUAUCAAGUUUCCCUUAAAAGAAAAGAAAAUGAUGUGGAAAUCAUGCCUUCACGAAGAUAUAAUGGUUGUAGGAAUUCAGCUGGAACCUCUGUCCUAAUUAGGGCAAAUGCUAAGGAAGUUCACCCUACUCACGGAAUACAAACUCAAUAUAGGGUCCGUACUCCUAACUAUGCUGCUGCUCCCGGGGUUCCAUGGAUCCCUACUAGUCCUCCUUGA